AUGCCCGCCCUCUCUCCGACCAUGACGGAGGGCAACAUCGCCAGCUGGAAGGUCAAGGAGGGCGAGGCCUUCUCUGCCGGCGACGUGCUCCUCGAGAUCGAGACCGAUAAGGCCACAAUGGACGUCGAGGCCCAGGACGAUGGCGUCAUGUUCAAGAUCACCACCUCCGACGGCGCCAAGGGCGUCCAGGUCGGCACCCGCAUCGCCGUUAUCGCCGAGCCCGGCGAUGACCUCUCCUCCCUCGAGGUCCCCGCCGAUGAGCGGGCUUCCGCCUCGGCCUCCAAGCCUGCCGCCGACAAUGAAGCCCCCAAGAGCGACACCGCCGAACGCCGCGAGGCACCCCAGGGCGAGAGCCGCGCCCCCAAGACAUCGGGCGGCAAGGCCCGCGAGCAGAGAUACCCCCUCCUCCCCUCGGUCCAGUCUCUCGUCAACGCCCACGGCCUCGACAAGGACGCCGUCAGCAGGAUCGAGCCCACAGGCCCCAACGGCCGCCUACUCAAGGGCGACGUCCUUGCCUACCUGGGCACCAUCAACGCCGAGACCCCGAGCAAGAUCAUGGACCGCGCCGUCAAGAUGUCCAAGCUCGACCUCAGCAACAUCAAGAUCGCGCCCAAGAAGGAGGCCGCACCUCAGAAGGCCGCCGAGAAGAAGGUCGCCGAGGCCCCCGCCCCCGUGGACUCCCAGGUCGCCCUCCCCGUCUCCCUGUCCAAGGUCCUCGAGGCCCAGAAGCGCAUCCAGUCGACCCUCGGCGUCUUCAUGCCCAUCUCCACCUUCGUCGCCCGCGCCGCCGAGGUCGCCAACGACGACCUGCCGCCCUCGGUCCGCAAGCCCACCGCCGACGAGCUCUUCAACCAGGUCCUCGGCCUCGACAAGCUCUCGCCCCGCGGCUCCCGGGGCUACUACCUGCCCCAGGUCUCCGCUCUCCCCGAGCCCUCUCUCCUGGCGGCCCGCCCUGCCAGGCGGUCGUCUUCCGACAUCAUCGACCUCCUCGCCGCGCCCGCCAAGAAGGCCGCCGCGCCAAAGGCCGCUGCCGCUCGCCAAACCCCCAGCAUUUCGUCUGGAACCAACCUAUUCAGCGUGACGGUGCCCCAGGGCGACGAGAAGCGCGCCAAGGUGUUCCUGGAGAGGGUCAAGUUGAUCUUGGAGGAGGAACCCGGCAGGCUUGUUCUGUGA